GUCGUUACGAGAAUGGCAGCGUCUUUGGUCGUGCAGAGGUUAGCCGGAGUGUCCGGGGCACUCGCUGUCGCCGCGGGUGCAUAUGGAGCUCACGGAUUCAGACGGAGUGACAGAGACGACUACUUGAAAGAGCUGUAUGAAACAGCCAAUAAGUACCACUUCUUCCACAGCCUGGCUUUGCUGGGAGCAGCACGAUGCAGAAAGCCCAUCCUGGCAGGUGGCCUCCUAACGGCAGGCAUGGGCCUUUUCUGUGGGGCCCUGUACCACCAGGCCAUAACAGGAGACCCCAGUCUCAGCAAGUUCGCCCCGUACGGGGGCACCAUGCUCAUCGCCGGCUGGGCCGCCAUCGCGCUCUGAAUUUUGACCCUUGACCUCUCGAUGCCGGUCAGUCCCCGCCUGCUGGGGAAGUCACCCUCGGGGACUCCACACACGUCCCCGCACCUUCAGACAUUCAGAGCGGAGGCCGGCAACGAGGAGGACGCUGUGUAGUGAGCACCCCGUCUCAUAACUCUUCCCUCACAGGCGUAAGCAAGAGAUAAGGUUUGCGAAUCAUCCCCCACCCUCCCCACCCCACACCCUACAGACCACAGACAUCUUCAGAACUUCUGAAGUCUUCUGGGACUUAACUGUGUGGGUGUCUGUGUACGUGUGUUGGUUUUUCUUUUUCAACAGAAAUAAAGCUGUUUUU